CGUGUUCGCAGAAACGAAUGGCUAACGCUUUUACUAACAACAAGUACAUCACAUAUCGCUAACUGUAUAUAUUGAUACAAAGGAUUUUCGCUUACCUCUAUUUCUUGAUCCAAGCACAUCAACAUUGGCUGUGGAGCUAACGUUAGCCAACCUUAGUAUAGCAUCCCCAUCUUAGCUGGCUGCUCUAGAAACUCGCUAGCUAAUGUUCAGCUAGAUAACAUUAGCUAGUCAUCGUUCUUCCAGUGACACUGUAAAUUGUAACUUUUGAACCACAAAAGUGCUUAAACUUUCAUUCAAGCAAUCAUGGCGGAUGUUACUGCACGUAGCUUGCAGUAUGAGUACAAAGCGAACUCCAACUUGGUCUUGCAAGCAGACCGUUCGCUCAUUGACCGCACAAGGCGUGAUGAGCCCACAGGAGAGGUGCUGUCCCUGGUGGGGAAGUUGGUGGGAACCAAGAUGGGUGACAAGUCCCAGAGGACCAAACCUUCAAUGCUGGAGGAGAGACGGGCAAAGAGGAGAAAGAGAGAUGAGGACAGGCAUGACAUGAACAAGAUGAAGGGCUUCACCCUCCUGUCAGAGGGCAUUGAUGAGAUGGUGGGCAUCGUGUACAAGCCUAAGACCAAGGAGACCAGGGAGACCUAUGAGGUCCUUCUCAGCUUCAUCCAGGCUGCGCUUGGAGAUCAGCCGAGAGAUAUCCUGUGUGGAGCGGCUGAUGAGGUGCUGGCUGUGCUGAAGAAUGACAAGAUGAGGGACAAGGAGAGACGGCGUGAAGUGGAGCAGUUACUAGGGCCUGCAGAUGACACACGCUACCACGUGUUGGUCAACCUGGGCAAGAAGAUCAGUGACUACGGGGGCGACAAAGAGCUCCAGAACAUGGAUGACAACAUUGACGAAACAUACGGAGUGAAUGUCCAGUUUGAAUCUGAUGAGGAGGAGGGUGAUGAGGACCAGUUUGGGGAGGUGCGAGAUGACGGCUCAGAUGAAGAGAGUGAAGGAGAGGAAGCAGACUUGGGCUGCACUCUGACAGCCAACCUUGGUGUGACAGGUGAUGUGAUGACAGCCAAGAAGAAGGAGCUGCACCCUCGUGACAUCGAUGCCUUCUGGCUCCAACGUCAGCUCAGCCGUUUCUAUGACGAUGCCAUAAUCUCUCAGAAGAAAGCAGAUGAGGUUCUGGAGAUCCUCAAGACGGCCAGUGAUGACCGAGAAUGUGAGAACCAGCUGGUCUUACUGUUGGGAUUCAACACCUUUGACUUCAUCAAAAUCCUUCGUCAGCAUCGUCGCAUGAUCCAGUACUGUACCAUGUUGGCAAGUGCUCAGAGCGAAGCAGAGAAGGAGAAGAUCAUAGGAAAGAUGGAGACAGAUCCAGACUUGUCCAAAGUUCUUUAUCAGCUGCAGGAGACUGAGAAGGAGGAUAUUAUUAGGGAAGAGCGAUCUCGCAGGGAGAGAGUAAGGAAGUCUCGUGUGGACAAUGACUUGGAGUCUAUGGACAUCGACCAUGGAGAGUCCAUGACCCCUAAACAGUUGCUGGACCUGGAGGACCUGGCCUUCACCCAGGGAAGCCACUUCAUGGCCAACAAGAGGUGCCAGCUGCCCGAUGGCUCCUUUCGCAAGCAGCGCAAAGGCUACGAGGAGGUGCACGUCCCUGCACUCAAACCCAAGCCCUUCGCUGAUGAUGAGGUGCUGGUGACCAUUGAGAAGCUGCCCAAGUAUGCCCAGGCAGGUUUCGAAGGGUUCAAAACCCUAAACCGCAUUCAGAGCAAGCUGUUCAAGACUGCUAUGGAGACCGAUGAGAACCUGCUGGUGUGUGCUCCUACGGGAGCAGGUAAGACCAACGUGGCCCUCAUGGCUAUGCUAAGAGAGAUCGGCAAGCACAUCAACCUGGACGGAACCAUCAACUUGGACGACUUCAAGAUCAUCUAUGUGGCUCCUAUGCGCUCACUGGUACAGGAGAUGGUGGGAAGCUUUAGUAAGCGUCUGGCCAGUUAUGGCAUCAUAGUGUCUGAGCUGACAGGAGACCACCAGCUGUGUAAAGAGGAGAUCAAUGCCACCCAGGUCAUCGUCUGCACCCCAGAGAAAUGGGACAUCAUCACACGCAAAGGAGGCGAGCGCACCUACACCCAGCUAGUGCGCCUCAUCAUCAUUGAUGAGAUCCAUCUGCUGCAUGAUGACCGUGGGCCAGUCCUGGAGUCUCUGGUGGCCAGGACCAUCCGCAACGUGGAGCUGACACAGGAGGACGUGCGUCUGCUGGGUCUCAGUGCCACCCUGCCCAACUACGAGGACGUGGCCACCUGCCUGCGGGUAGACCCCGCCAAGGGACUCUUCUACUUUGACAACAGUUUCCGUCCAGUGCCCCUGGAACAGACAUAUGUGGGCAUCACUGAGAAGAAGGCUAUCAAGCGCUUCCAGAUCAUGAAUGAAAUUGUCUAUGAGAAGAUCAUGGAGCAUGCUGGGAAGAACCAGGUGCUGGUGUUUGUCCACUCCAGGAAGGAGACGGGGAAGACGGCCCGGGCUAUCAGGGACAUGUGUCUGGAGAAAGACACCCUGGGGCUGUUCCUGAGGGAGGGGUCAGCCUCAACUGAGGUCCUCAGGACUGAGGCAGAGCAGUGCAAGAACCUUGAGCUGAAGGACUUGCUGCCCUACGGUUUCGCCAUCCAUCAUGCUGGUAUGACCAGAGUGGACCGUACCUUGGUGGAAGAUCUCUUUGCUGAUCGCCACAUCCAGGUGCUGGUGUCCACAGCCACAUUGGCCUGGGGUGUGAAUCUGCCUGCACAUACUGUCAUCAUCAAAGGCACCCAGGUGUACAGCCCAGAAAAAGGCAGAUGGACAGAGCUGGGAGCCCUGGACAUUCUACAGAUGCUUGGUCGAGCGGGGCGUCCUCAGUACGACACCAAGGGAGAGGGCAUUCUGAUCACAUCCCAUGGGGAGCUACAGUACUACCUAUCUCUGCUCAACCAGCAGCUGCCCAUCGAGAGCCAGAUGGUGUCCAAGCUGCCAGACAUGCUCAACGCUGAGAUAGUGCUGGGCAACGUGCAGAAUGCUAAGGACGCUGUGAACUGGCUGGGCUACACCUACCUGUACGUGCGCAUGCUCCGUAACCCCACCCUGUACGGAGUCUCCCAUGACGACCGCAGCUCGGACCCCCUGCUGGAGCGCCGCAGGAUGGACCUGAUCCACACGGCAGCCAAUGUGCUGGACAAGAACAGCCUGGUCAAGUACGACAAGCGGACCGGCGCUUUCCAGGUGACGGAUCUGGGUCGCAUCGCCAGCCACUUCUACAUCACCCAUGACUCCAUCCAGACGUACAACCAGCUGCUGAAGCCCACCCUCAGUGAGAUCGAGCUUUUCCGUGUCUUCUCCCUCUCCUCUGAGUUCAGGAACAUCACUGUCAGAGAGGAAGAGAAGCUGGAACUGCAAAAGCUGCUGGAGAGAGUUCCCAUUCCAGUGAAGGAGAGCAUUGAGGAGCCCAGCGCCAAGAUCAACGUGCUGCUCCAGGCUUACAUCUCUCAGCUCAAACUGGAGGGCUUUGCUCUGAUGGCUGACAUGGUCUAUGUGACGCAGAGUGCUGGAAGACUGAUGCGAGCCAUCUUUGAGAUCGUCCUGAGCAGGGGAUGGGCCCAGCUCACAGACAAGACCAUGAACCUUUGCAAGAUGAUUGACAAGAGGAUGUGGCAGUCCAUGUCUCCUCUGCGUCAGUUCAGGAAGCUCCCAGAGGAAGUCAUCAAGAAGAUUGAAAAGAAGAACUUCCCCUUCGAGCGCCUCUAUGACCUCAACCACAAUGAGAUUGGUGAGUUGAUCCGCAUGCCCAAGAUGGGGAAGACCAUCCAUAAGUACGUGCACCAGUUCCCCAAACUGGACCUUGCCGUUCACCUGCAGCCCAUCACCCGCUCCACACUGAAGGUGGAGCUCACCAUCACACCAGACUUCCAGUGGGAUGACAAGGUGCAUGGCUCGUCAGAGGCCUUCUGGAUCCUGGUGGAGGAUGUAGACAGUGAGGUCAUCCUACACCAUGAGUACUUCCUGCUUAAGGCCAAGUACGCCCAGGACGAGCACCUGGUCACCUUCUUCGUGCCCGUGUUCGAGCCCCUGCCCCCACAGUACUUCAUCCGCGUUGCCUCGGACCGCUGGCUGUCCUGUGAGACCCAGCUGCCGGUGUCUUUCCGCCACCUGAUCCUGCCAGAGAAGUACCCCCCCCCUACUGAGCUGCUGGACUUGCAGCCUCUGCCUGUGACCGCCCUGCGUAAUGCCGCCUUCGAGACCCUCUACCAGAACAAGUUUCCCUUCUUCAACCCCAUCCAGACACAGGUGUUCAACGCUGUGUAUAACAGUGAUGACAACGUGUUUGUGGGAGCCCCCACCGGCAGUGGGAAGACCAUCUGUGCUGAGUUUGCCAUCCUGAGGAUGCUGCUGCACAACGCAGAGGGACGUUGUGUCUACAUCACACCAAUGGAGGCCCUGGCUGAACAGGUGUUUGUUGACUGGCACCAGAAGUUCCAAGAUGCUCUGAAUAAGAAGGUGGUGUUGCUGACGGGAGAGACUAGCACUGACCUGAAGCUCCUGGGGAAGGGUGACAUCAUUGUCAGCACCCCGGACAAAUGGGACAUCCUGUCGCGCCGCUGGAAGCAGAGGAAGAACGUCCAGAACGUCAGCCUCUUCAUCGUGGACGAGACUCACCUCAUUGGAGGAGAGAACGGGCCUGUGUUGGAGGUGAUCUGCUCCAGGAUGAGGUACAUCUCGUCUCAGAUUGAGCGUCCCAUCCGCAUCGUGGCCCUCAGCUCCUCCCUGUCCAACGCCAAAGACGUGGCCCACUGGCUGGGAUGCAGCACCACCGCAACCUUCAACUUCCACCCCAACGUCAGGCCUGUUCCUCUGGAGCUGCACAUCCAGGGCUUCAAUGUGAGUCACACCCAGACUCGCUUGCUGUCCAUGGCCAAGCCAGUGUACCACGCUAUCAUGAAGCACUCCCCCUCUAAACCGGCUGUGGUGUUCGUCCCGUCCCGCCGACAGACCCGCCUCACCGCCAUCGACAUCCUCACCUUCUGUGCUGCUGAUGUGGUCCCUCAGAGGUUCCUGCACUGCACUGAGAAGGACCUGGCUCCCUUCCUGGAGAAGGUGACAGACGGCACCCUGAAGGAGACGCUGGCCAAUGGGGUGGGCUACCUGCACGAGGGCCUGUCCACUACAGAACGCAGGAUCGUGGAACAGCUCUUCAACUCGGGUGCAGUCCAGGUUGUAGUGGCCUCACGCUCCCUCUGCUGGGGCACAAACAUAUCUGCUCACCUGGUUGUUAUCAUGGACACCCAGUACUACAAUGGCAAAAUACAUGCCUAUGUGGACUACCCUAUCUACGAUGUGCUCCAGAUGGUGGGUAAGGCCAACCGGCCCCUGCAGGACGAUGAGGGACGCUGUGUCAUCAUGUGCCAGGGUUCCAAAAAGGAUUUCUUCAAGAAGUUCCUGUAUGAGCCCCUGCCGGUGGAAUCUCACCUGGACCACUGCAUGCACGACCACUUCAAUGCUGAGAUCGUCACCAAGACGGUGGAGAACAAACAGGACGCAGUGGACUACCUGACCUGGACCUUCCUGUACCGCCGGAUGACCCAGAACCCCAACUACUACAACUUGCAAGGCAUGUCUCACCGUCAUCUGUCUGACCACCUGUCAGAGCUGGUGGAGAACACCCUGCAUGACCUGGAGCAGUCCAAGUGCAUCAGCAUCGAGGAUGAGAUGGACGUGGCACCUCUUAACUUGGGCAUGAUUGCUGCCUACUACUAUAUCAAUUACACCACUAUCGAGUUGUUCAGUAUGUCCCUGAACGCCAAGACCAAGAUCCGUGGAUUGAUUGAGAUCAUUUCCAAUGCUGCUGAGUACAAGAACAUCCCCAUCAGACACCAUGAGGACAACCUGCUCAGACAGCUGGCCCAGAAGGUGCCCCACAAACUGAACAACCCCAAGUUCAACGACCCCCAUGUGAAGACCAACCUGCUGCUGCAGGCUCACUUGUCCAGGAUGCAGUUGAGCGCUGAGCUCCAGUCAGACACAGAAGAGAUCCUCAGCAAGGCUGUGCGUCUGAUCCAGGCCUGUGUAGAUGUGCUGUCCAGUAAUGGCUGGCUGAGCCCUGCGCUGGCUGCUAUGGAGCUGGCUCAGAUGGUCACCCAGGCCAUGUGGUCCAAGGACUCCUACCUCAAACAGCUGCCCUACUUCACCUCUGAGCACAUCAAACGCUGCAUGGACAAGGGUGUGGAGAGUAUCUUUGACAUCAUGGAGAUGGAGGAUGAGGAUCGUAGUGGGCUGCUGCAGCUCUCAGACACCCAGAUAGCUGACGUGGCUCGCUUCUGUAACCGCUACCCUAACAUUGAACUGUCCUACGAGGUGGCAGAGAAGGAGAACAUCAAGAGUGGAGGUCCAGUGCUGGUUCUGGUCCAGUUGGAGAGAGAAGAAGAGGUGACUGGGCCUGUUAUUGCCCCACUCUUCCCCCAGAAACGUGAGGAGGGCUGGUGGGUGGUGAUUGGAGACCCCAAGUCCAACAGCCUGAUCUCCAUUAAGAGGCUGACCCUGCAGCAGAAGGCCAAGGUGAAGCUGGACUUUGUUGCACCAGUGCUGGGCGUUCACAACUACACACUGUACUUCAUGAGUGAUGCCUACAUGGGCUGUGAUCAGGAGUAUAAGUUCAGCGUGGAUGUGAAGGAGGCAGACAGCGAUGGAGACAGUGAUUCAGACUAAUCAGGCAUCAACAGAUGACAAGUCAUUUCUCAAUUCAAGCUGGGAUCAGUAGAGGUUGUUUGUUUUGUUUUACAAUGAACAAAAAUAUAAACACAAUUUCAACAAUUUUACUGAGUUGCAGUUCAUAUGAAGAAAGUCAAUUGAAAUUAAUUAAUUAGGCCCUAAUCUAUGGAUUUCACAUGACUGGCAAUACAGAUACCAUCCAAAAAAAUGGGCCUCGGGAUCUUGUUGCGGUAUUAUUGUGCAUUCAAAUUGCCAAUGUUCAUUGUCCGUAGCUUAUGCCUGCUCAUACCAUAACCCCACCGCCACCAUGGGGCACUGUUUGCAUCAGAAAACCGCUCGCACACACAAUGUAUUAUGAUCAUGCUAUUUAAUAUGCCACGCCUGUCAGAUAGAUGGAUUAUCUUGGCAAAAGAUAAACGCUCACGAACAGGGAUGUAUACAAAGCACAAAAUGUGUGAGAGAAGCUUUUUGUGCAUAUGGAACAUUACUGGGAUCUUUUAUUUCAGCUCAUGAAACAUGGGACCAACACUUUACAUGUUGCGUUUAUUUUUGUUCAGUGUAGAUGAGGCAUUGAGUCACAUUUAUAGUCAAUCUCUCUUUGGACUGUUAUAUUCUAUUGUGCUUGAGGUAAUUGUCAGACCUUUUUGUACAAUUGUUUAAAUGUGUUCCAGUCGAGGAUAGUAAUGUGUAUAUAGUACCUAAUUACAGAAGUCUGCUUACAUUUUUAGUAAACAACUCAGUGUCUCAAUUUGUCUGUAACUGUUUCACAACUCUGCAAUCAUGGUUGGGUACUUUCUAAAUAAUCUGUUACUAGUCAAUUGUCAAACUCAGUAACGCAAUCUGAUUUUCCCUUAAGUCAGAAGACAAAGGAUCCAUCAAACGCAUUGUGUGUAAUCAUAGUGGCCGCUGACUCGCUCAGGUGGAACAAGCUUGCGCCUUUCAAGACUAAUUUGAAUGUCAUUGAACAGUCUUAAUGUAUUUUCCCCCCCUGGCAACAAUUGAUUAGUAAAAAUAAGUUCAGUUACUCCCAACCCUGUCUGCUAUUAAGAGUGAUUAAUGAUCAGCCUGUUUUGUUUGUUGGUGAUAUACCUUUGUGCUGUCAUGGCUUUUCCAAUAAAAAUUAUCCAGACUA